UUUUAGUAAAUAUGUUUAAUAUUUUGCAUUCAACCAAAAUAAUAUUAUUUUUGUUAAUAUUAUUUUAUUUUAUUAAUAAUUCUUUUUCCGUUCGUACACAAUCGGUUGCUGUUAAAGGGAAACUUUUAUGUGGUCAAGCGCCUGCUAGAAAUGUUCGAGUUAAAUUAUUUGAUGAGGAUAGCGGGCCUGAUCCUGAUGAUUUAUUGGAAGCAGGAUAUUCCGAUGCAUCGGGAAAUUUUCAAUUAAAAGGUUCAACUGUUGAAACUACAAAUAUAGAUGUUGUACUUAAAGUUUAUCAUGAUUGUGAUGAUGGAAUUAAGCCUGGCUCUCGCAAAAUAAAAUUCAAAAUUCCCAAUUCUUAUGUGACAGAAGGGCAAAAUCCGAAGAAAGUUUUUGAUAUAGGAACUCUUAAUUUAGAAACAGUUUUUGCUUCAGAAGAAAGAGAAUUAAUUGUUAAUAAAAAGAGAAGAAAUAUUUUAUUUAAUUGGGAAAAUGAGCUAAUUGACGAUAUUAUUUUUUAA